AUGGUGCUGUUGGAUAUACAGCUGCCAGCCCUGGCCAACCUUGCGGACUGCUCCGAUUGGCCCGUGGAGCGCCAGGAGUGGAGCCGGCCCCGGCCCAUUCGGGCUUGUCCGCUCAAUGCGCCGGGCUGCGCUUUCGCCCACCAGCGCGACUUCGGCGCGGAAGCCCUGGUGUCGCAGUGGCGCGCCUGGCUGCGGCCCAUGCGCUGGGGCCCGGGCAAGUGCCAGCAGGUUUCGCCGGAGCUGGACGCUUUGGAGCUGCGCUUCGCGGCGGAGCUCCGCGUGCGACCGCCAGGCGCGCGGCGGCUCGCGGUCGGGGCGGCUGAGGCCGCGGGCGGCUUUGCGGAGCUCUGGCGGCGCUGCGGGGCGCUGGCGCUGGUGCAGGGCUUGGCAGAGCUGGAGGGUCUCCUGCCGGCCGCGGCGCUGCCGCGGCUGCUGCGGCACUUCGCCCUCCGCGGGGCCCUCGGGGCCGCCGGCGGCGGCGCGGCGCACUCGGCGCACUCGGCGCUGCUGCGGCGCGCCGAGGCGGAGGUGGUAGGCCAGUUUCGGCAGCAGCUCAGCAGAGGCGUCGGCUGCGACGUGUGCUGCUCAGACGCCGCUUGUCCCCACGCAGCUGAGGCAUCAGGCCUUUGUGCUUCAGACACCCAGUUCGAUGCUGUCCAAGACCUGCGGGACCGCCUGUGGUCGCGCGCGGAGAUGGUCUUGGACGCUGGCCCUGCCAUGUUGGUGCAACCCUUCGAACACUGUGAGAGGGUGGCGCAGGAGUCUUCCAACAACAACCUCGAAGAGGAGGUGGCGCUGGCCUGGAAUGAAGCGGAGAAGUCCUCCUGCGUUUUCCAUGAAGUGGCCGACGCUGUGUACUGCCACGCGCAGCUGCGCCAGGAAUGGCGGGUCUUCGGCGCUGCGCGGGCGCUGCAGCAGGCCGCCUUGCUCCUUCUCCUUUGCCAGGGCUGUGGGCCCCUGUGGCCGCUUCCGUUUACAAUGGAUGAGCUGUGGCACAACUUCUAUGUGGCCAUUGACAUGGCCACCAAAGUCGCCGAAGCUGUGAAGGAGAACAUUGCCCAGAAGCACAGGGAUUUGGCCGUGCUGUUGGGCGAGAGCACAAUUUGGAGCCAAGUGGAAGGGACCGCCGGGCAGAGCUCCAUGGACAUGAUGAAGCCUCAACCGCUGCAAGGUUGGCACACUUGCCCACUUGAGCUGGGGCAAGUCUCGCUGGCCCCUGGAAGGCUCGAGGUUGGUGGGAACUUACUGCGAGGGCGUGAUGGCACAGUGAGUCUUCAGGCGUGCCACUCAGCCGUGGUCUAUCAUGCCCACGCGUCGUCGGGAAUGCCAAGGCGUCCGGACGAAAGGACUCUGCUGGUGCUGCCCCUGUCAGAUGUGUCCUUUCACAUCUCUGUGGCAGUGAGGACUUGGUUUGGAGGUGCCCUGCUGCUGGUACACCACUUCCUGGGAGGGCCUGGGAAGGUGACCAUUCUGCUCGCGGACGAGGGCGAGGCCCCGGUCUUUGCCGAGCUACCGCGCAGGGCCAGGUACGGAGGCAACCACGGCGGCUUUGGUGUGCAGCGUCGUCUGGGGAAGAUGAGCAGGCUAUGCACCUGGCUGUCGGAUGUUCCUCCGCUUUGGCUAUCUACUGCCUCAGGUGCUCGGAGUUUCGGCCGUGGUGUGUGGGGCUUCCCCAGCAUCGGCAUGGAUCACGGCCGUGGCUCCGACUACGACUGCAGCGGCAGCUUUUGCUUCGGCCUGCGGCGAUGGGGAGCUGCCGGGCGCGUCGCCACGCUGCGACCAGCCCUGGACCUGCCAGCGCCAGAAGUCCGCGGUGCGAAAUCCGUGCGGCUGCUGCUAGUGCAGCGCUCGCAGCGCCUGUCCCGGCGCAUUGUGGGCGCCGAGAUGGUGGCAUCAGCAUGGAGAGGGGCGCAGCGGGCGCUGCGGCUGGAGCUCUGGCGCCCGGAGGUGCAGAGCCUCGCGGCGCAGGCACAGCGAUUGGCUGGAGCUGACAUACUGGCAGCAGUCACUGGACAGGCCUGUGGGCUGGGCAUCUUCCUGCGCAGGGGCAGGGUGCUCCUUGAGUUCACGCCUGCCAUCGACAGCUCCUAUGGCUGUCGCUGGGGAUGGGACAUGAAUCCAACCAGCGAGGUAGGGCAAAUCGCUCGCCUCGGUGAGCUUCAUCACCACUGUGUCAUGGCUCGACCAUUGGGAGUCGCAGCCAACACCCCGGCAGAUGCGCGGAGGUCAGCUGAGCUGGCACUUCAGAGUCGCUCAUCAGGAGACCAGCAGUUGCGCGCUGAAGCUGGUCUCACCUGGCGCACUGCUGCGAAAGUUGUGAUGCCGGCGCUGGGUGCUUCCGGCGCGGCAGCCGAGACUCUUGCGGCGAUGCGGAUGGGUUAG